GUAGCCCUGCGGCCUGCGAUCGAUUGCCAGAAGUGCCACCCUCCAGAGUCUUGGAGAGCGCAGAGCGCGGCCAGAGGGGGUGGUGGUACACGUGCCAGCUCCCGCAGCAGACGGAGAAGGGAAACACUGAGAGGCCUGUCAUCUGGCGGAAGGGGAGGUACCGCCGAGGGGCCACGCCCGGCGCACCGAUGGCCCCCGACCGACGGGCGGUGGGAGGCACCGGCGGGGUGCCCAUCGGUUACAUCACCAGGAUCCAGAGCUUCAGCGCCUGUCAUCGGCUGCACAGCGUGCACCUAUCGGAUGAAGAAAAUAAGAAAAUAUUCGGAAAGUGUAACCACGUCAAUGGACACGGUCACAAUUACAGAGUGGAGGUCACGGCUCGAGGUCCGAUCCACCCCCACACUGGCAUGGUGGUCAACAUCUCCGACAUGAAGGUCUGGAUCGAGAGGGCCAUCAUGGAUGUCAUGGACCACAGGAACAUCGACAAGGACGUGCCGUACUUCAGGGAAACUGUCUCAACGGCGGAGAACAUUGCCGUCUUUAUCUGGGAGAGCCUGCAGCCGUUCCUGCCCUCCGACGUCACGCUGUUCGAGGUCAAGCUGUUUGAAACCGACAAAAAUAUUGCCGUAUUUCGCGGCGAAUAUCAGUGAGGUAUACCCCAGCACAGGUACGGUGGUGAGCGAAAUAAUUAUGGCGACACCUGCAGGACCAAGUCGACAGCGAUUAGAUGUGAGGAUCUUUUAUCUACGAUAGCUGAAGUAACUAUUUAGCUAUCCUCAGGCGUGUAUGCUUUUGUGUAUAACUAUGUGAUAAAACUUGACUUAAGGGAUAUGACCAAGUCAGAUAUAUUCGUGUUCUGCAUUCAUUUGCACAAAUUUAUUCCUUAUUUUAUUUAUAUAAAUAUUGAUACAACGUUGAAGGCAGAUCGUUUCAACGAAUACGUUUGGGACCAAUGAUAUAAAUACAAUUUGUGUCUUGUA